AUGGAAAAGGGAAACCACACCAGUGUCUCUGAAUUUCUCCUCCUGGGCUUUUCAAGUUGGCCAGGACAGCAGGCACUACUCUUUGCACUUUUCCUGUGUCUCUACCUAACAGGACUCUUGGGGAACUUGCUGAUCUUGCUGGCGAUUGCCUCAGACCAUCUCCUCCACACACCCAUGUAUUUUUUCCUUGCCAAUCUCUCCUUGGUAGACCUCUGUCUUUCCUCAACAACGGUUCCCAGGAUGCUGCUGAACAUCCAAACAGAGGCGCAGUCCAUCUCCUAUCCUGCCUGCCUGGCUCAGAUGUACUUCUGUAUGAUGUUUGCCAACAUGGACAACUUUCUUCUCACGGUGAUGGCAUAUGAUCGCUAUGUAGCAAUCUGUCACCCUUUGCAUUACUCCACCAUUAUGACCCAGCGCCUCUGUGCCUUUCUGGUGGCUGUCCCCUGGGUCAUUGCCACUUUGAACCCCCUUUUGCACACUCUCCUGAUGGCUCGCCUCAACUUCUGCUCUGACAAUGUCAUCCACCAUUUCUUCUGUGAUAUCAACUCUCUCCUCCCUCUGUCCUGUUCUGACACCAGCCUUAAUCAGCUGAUGGUUCUGGCUGUGGUGGGGCUGGUCUUUGUGGUACCUUCAGGGUGUAUCCUAGCAUCCUAUACUCGAAUCAUCUCUGCUGUGAUGAAAGUCCCCUCUACCCAAGGAAAACUCAAGGCUUUCUCCACCUGUGGCUCCCACCUUGCCUUGGUCAUUCUUUUCUAUGGAGCGAUCGCGGGAGUUUAUCUGAGUCCGUCAUCCAACCACUCAACUGAAAAAGACUCAGCAGCAGCAGUGAUUUUCAUGGUCGUUGCCCCCGUGCUGAAUCCCUUCAUUUACAGUCUGAGAAACAAUGAUCUGAAAGGGGCUUUAAAGAAGGCCCUACACCUGAGUCAAAUCUUCUCCUAG